ACUCAGCUAAAGGCGAGCUGGAAGCUCAACUUAACUUUCUCUUUAAUAGCCUGGUCUCAGGCACUUGGGGGAAUUCCCAUACGGAGCCUCUGGACUCUCAGUUCUGUUUUGUCUGCCCUGAAGCCUCUGCCCUCUCUGGUGCCAUGCUUGGCUCCCCUCGCAGACCCCUGUGGGCGGCGCUUGUCGCACCGGGGGUGGUGCUAGCGACCGGGAAGUUUCGUCCCUGGCCUGGGGACGUCCCCUUCCCGCACUUCCCGAUCUUCAUGGGCUGGUGCCCAGAUGGCCAGAGGACUCAGGAGCAGCGGCUGGAGGUCUCCAGGGGCUUCACUUCUCUGCUUUUCAUUUAUCUCUGGAGCAUCGGAAUUGCAUCUGUGGUCAGAUGGAACCGGCAAAGAAUCAAAUCUCAGAGGAUGCUGCAAGCUCUUUGGCUCUUCUGGAUCUUGAUGGCUGUGAUAGGCCUCUCUAGGGAAGGCCAUUCUGCCCAGGCAUCUCUGUCAUGUGAUGCUGCUGGUGUGUGUGAUGGCCGCUCCAGGUCUUUCACCUCUAUUCCCUCGGGACUCACAGCAAACACAAAGAAGCUUGACCUGUCUUUCAACAAGAUCCCCUACAUUGGCCAUGGUGACUUGCGAGCCUGUGUGAACCUCCGGGUUCUGACAUUGGAGUCCAGUGGAAUCAACACAAUAGAGGGAGAUGCCUUUUAUUCUCUGGGCAGUCUUGAACACUUGGACUUGUCUAAUAAUCACCUAUCUAGUUUAUCUUCCUCCUGGUUCAGGCCCCUUUCCUCUUUGAAAUACUUAAACUUAAUGGGAAAUCCUUACAGGACACUGGGGGAAACAUCGCUGUUCUCCAAUCUCACAAAUUUACAAACCCUUAGGGUAGGAAAUGUUGACACUUUCAGUGAGAUAAGGAGAAUAGAUUUUGCUGGGCUGACCUCUCUCAACGAACUUGAAAUUCAGGCAUUAAGUCUCGGCAACUAUGAGUCCCGAAGUCUACAGUCAAUUAGAGACAUCUAUCACCUGACCCUGCACUUGAGCGAGUCUGCUUUCCUGCUGGGGAUUUUUGCAGAUAUUCUGAGUUCCGUGAGAUAUUUAGAACUAAGAGAUACUAACUUGGCUAGGUUCCAAUUUUCCGAACUGUCUGUAGACGAAAUCAAUUCGCCAAUGAAGAAGCUGGCAUUCCGGAAUGCAGAUGUCACCGAUAAAAGUUUUAAUGAACUCCUGAAGCUGUUGCGUUACAUCUUGGAACUGAUGGAGGUGGAGUUUGAUCACUGUACCCUCAAUGGGGUUGGUAAUUUCAACCCCUCAGAGUCAGACGUAGUGAGGGAGCUAGGUAAAGUCGAAACGGUAACAAUACGGAGCCUGCACAUCCCCCAGUUCUAUUUGUUCUAUGAUCUGAGCACUGUGUAUUCCCUCCUGGAGAAAGUGAAGCGAAUCACAGUAGAGAACAGUAAGGUCUUUCUGGUUCCCUGCUCUUUCUCACAGCAUUUAAAAUCAUUAGAGUUCUUAGACCUCAGCGAAAAUCUGAUGGUUGAAGAGUAUUUGAAAAACUCAGCCUGUGAGGGUGCCUGGCCUUCUCUACAAAGCUUGGUUUUGAGCCAGAAUCAUUUGAGAUCAAUACGAAAAACUGCUGAGAUUUUGCUGACUCUGAAAAACCUGACAGCCCUUGACAUCAGCAAGAACAGUUUUCAGCCUAUGCCCGACAGUUGUCAGUGGCCAGGAAAGAUGCGCUUCCUGAACUUGUCCAGUACAGGGAUACAGGCCGUCAAGACAUGCAUUCCUCAGACCCUGGAGGUGUUGGAUGUUAGUAACAACAAUCUCGAUUUAUUUUCUUUGUUUUUGCCUCGGCUCCAAGAGCUGUAUAUUUCCAGAAAUAAACUGAAAACACUCCCAGAAGCUUCAUUGUUCCCUGUGUUACAGGUCAUGAAGAUCAGAGAGAACGCAAUAAGUACUUUCUCUAAAGACCAGCUUGGUUCUUUUCCCAAUCUGGAGACUCUGGAAGCAGGUGACAACCAUUUCAUCUGCUCCUGUGAACUUCUGUCCUUCAUUCUGGAGAGGCCAGCCCUGGUCCAUGUCCUAGUUGACUGGCCAGACAGCUACCUGUGUGAUUCUCCGCCUCGCCUGCAUGGCCAGAGGCUUCAGGAUGCCCGGCCCUCAGUCUUGGAGUGUCACCAGGCCGCACUGGUAUCUGGAGUCUGCUGUGCCCUUCUCCUGUUGAUCCUGCUCUUAGGCGCCCUGUGUUACCAUUUCCAUGGGCUGUGGUAUCUGAGAAUGAUGUGGGCGUGGCUCCGGGCCAAGAGGAAGCCCAAGAAAGCUCCUUGCAGGGACGUUUGCUAUGAUGCCUUUGUUUCCUACAGCGAGCAGGAUUCCUAUUGGGUGGAGAACCUCAUGGUCCAGCAGCUGGAGAACUCUGACCCACCCUUCAAGCUGUGUCUCCACAAGCGGGACUUUGUUCCGGGCAAAUGGAUCAUUGACAACAUCAUUGAUUCCAUCGAAAAGAGCCACAAAACUGUGUUCGUGCUUUCUGAGAACUUCGUACGGAGUGAGUGGUGCAAGUAUGAACUGGACUUCUCCCACUUCAGGCUCUUUGACGAGAACAAUGACGCGGCCAUCCUUGUUUUGCUGGAACCCAUUGAGAAGAAAGCCAUUCCCCAGCGCUUCUGCAAACUGCGCAAGAUAAUGAACACUAAGACAUACCUGGAGUGGCCCUUGGAUGAAGGCCAGCGGGAAGUGUUUUGGGUAAAUCUGAGAACUGCAAUAAAAUCCUAGGUUCUCCACCCUGUUUCUGUCUUGCCUUAACUAAAGGUCUUUGUGACAGGAACUGUAACAAAGUUUAUUCUGACAUAAUUAUGUAAGUAUCAUAGAAUUGUACUAUUGAGGAUUUGGUAAGUAUAACUAGUAACUAUGAGCUUUAUCUUGAAUACUGUUAUAUAAAUAUUUGACAUCAGUUUCUCUGUUUUUCUUUAUCUUUCUCCAUUAUUGCUAUCUGAAUAACCUGUUCACUUAGAGCAUCUGGAAACGGUACAUGUAGAAUGACAGUUUAAUGCCUAUUAUUUAAUGCCCAGGCAGUGUGACAUAGGGUCACAGAAAGUAUUUCCUAAUCUACUCACCUGCCAUCCCUCCGUGCAGCUGAUAUCAAGAGCAAGGAGUCACGAUAUUUGGGGCAUCUAGGCAAAUCUCUUGCUAUUCCUAGAGAGGGGGUUGUAUCCCACCAUCUCCUCAGACCUUCCAGUACAAAUGACACAGGCUGCAAAACUAGGCUUGUUUGUCUGAGUAUUUGAUAGUUUUCUCUAAGUAUGAAUUAAAUGUUGAUUUGUAAGGAUCUGGUGCAGAUUCCCACUGGACUUUAGCUCUGAAUUUCCAGUGACUGGUUGCUGUGGCUCCUGAUCCCCUUGGACAUUCUGUUGCCUUUUUUCCUGUGCAGGGUCUCAUUUGUAAUUCUAUAAAGCUUUUCUUUGCCUGUAUGGAAAAAAUACAUGUGUGCAAAAGAUUUUUAAAGUAA